AUGAGCAGCGCCAUGGCGGCCGCAUACGGCUCGUGCGCCGACGACAUGAAGACGCCGACGAAGGUGCUCAACAUCAUCUCGCUCAUCUUGUCCGCGGGCGCCUUUACGUACAAGCUCCAGCGCGCACAGAGCCGGCGGUUCCCGGCGAACCUCGCGAUGCUCACAUGCGGCUACUCGGUGCUCCUCGCCGCGACCAUGGUGCUCGAUAGCAUCCGCGACCAGUCGACGCCCACGUCGCACGGUAGCGUCGCGACCUGCCGAGUCCUCGGCCUCGCCUACCAGUUUUUCGCGUCGCUUGUCGUGUGGAAUUGGAUCCUAACCAUUGUCGUCUUGUACAUGGUGCUCGGGCGCCAGCUGCCGUACUCGGUCGUGGGCUCGUACGACUCGAUGUACUACUGCCUCUUGAGCUGCGUGCCCUCGAUCCUGCUCGCGCUGGGGCUCUCGCGCAACGCGUUUGGCUUCAACGCCGAGACCAAGACGUGCUGGAUCGCCCGCCCGCGCCAUGCGUUCAUGCUCUUUUACGCCCAGCUGCUCUUUGGCCUCGUCGUCUUCCUCGCCAUGGUCCCGUCGCUUGUCCGCCGCCUUCGAUCGCACCCAGAGCUCUACGCGCCGUUCGCCAACUGCGUUUACACGGCACUCACGGCCACGGUUCUGCUCUUGUACGGCGUCAACCUCGUCUUGAUGGACAACAACCCCACGAAUGCAUACGUGCAUGCGACCAUGGCCACGUACUGUGGCCUCCACGGCAUCGAUCUCUCCCUCUUUGGGGCCGUCUCGGCGCUUCUGCACCUUUGGCCGUCGUACUCGGACCUUGCGCCGGGCUCGGACGAGAAGCCGUGGCCCCAUGACGAACCGGAGACCGUCGACGAAAGCCAGCGCCCGCAGAUGGCGCGGACGCCGUCGCACCACUCCCUGCCCGAGUCGCGCCACUCGCUCGCGUCGUCGCAGCCGUCGUCGGCGGCCAAGUCGAAGGCGUCGUCGCGCCCGGGGUCGCACGCGAUUCUGCGGUCGUACGUCAUGCCAGCCGUCUCGCCGGUCGCGGCGCUAGACACGCGGCCGCACAACCACCCGGACCUCUGCCAGUCGGCGUUCGACUCUGCGUGUGGCACCGCGGUCUCGGUCCCGCCGGACUUUCAGGUCCGCUUGGUGCAGCAGGAAGCCACCGUGGCGUACACGAAUUUGAUGCUCGGGUACGUCCGCGACCAGCUCAUGGCCGAAGGCUUCGACAUGAGUUCGCGCGAAAUGAGCACGUUUCUCUCGACGUUGACGCGGUCGGUGCUCGCGUCGAGCCGCUCGAUGGCGAGCACGAACCCCAACACGCUCGACGUGCGUCUCGUGCAGGCCAUGGAGCGCUACCGGCGCGAGCAGCAAAACUCCACCGAGCUCUCAUUGACGUCGACGUCGACGUCGCAGUACAAUACCGCGUCGAGCUCCAAGAAGAGCGUGCACUUUAAGGACUUGGAUCUGGACGCGCGGCUCGCGAUGGCGCGCGAGCGAUAUGCGCGCGAACAGACGUUCAUCAUGGGCAACACGGAGCUCUCGACGUCGUCGGUCGAGUCGAGUCCGCGCUCGAGCAUCGGCAAUGAUCUCGACGCGCGCUUGGCCGCUGCCCGCAUGCGCUACCUCAACGAUGAUGACGAUAAUGACGAUGACGACGAUUUGGACAGCCUCUACGAAGGCGACUCGGACGACGAGCACAGCGCCGCCACGUCCUAG